UGCAGUUAUUGUUAUUUGUGGACGUACAUUUUUUUUUGUUAACUCUAUAAGGGAGAGGGUGUUCACUUUUUCUGCAGUACAAGGGGAGGGUCGUUUGAAAAUAUUAACAUUGGGGAGGGGUGCAUUUCUUUUAUGGCACCUCGAGUUGUUUGUUUGUUUACGGUGAGGAAUGAGAUCUGGCUGUUCUUUGUCAAGGGGUACUGCAAACAAGGAGGUAAAGUUAAAGAGGGAGAGCGUUGCUGGGAUGUUUAAUUUUCCCACGUUUGCUUUGGUAGAACACCUGAGAUCAGGGGAACUUUUUUCCCCUUUUUUUACUCAGGCAGAAUCCAGGAUAGCUGGCUGGAUAUGAGUUUAUCUAGAUCUAAAGGUUGUCAGUAGAUACACAAUACCAUAUCCUCCUCAUAGGACAACAUACAACCAUGUACUGUACAUCCACAAUAAUGCACUAUGUUGUGCUUUAUUUGAUAAACCUUUCAAAGCAACAGUAGAAGACUAGCAUCGAUUUUGUGAAUGGAGGCCAUGGCAAGAUAUUCUGUUGUCCUUCUGGCUAACACGAGUCUCAUGACACACUGUUACAUAACUGUAACGUCUGUUAUAUAAACCUAACGUCUGUUCAGAUUAAUGCCGGAGCAUCCACUAUAAAAGGCCCUACAAUUGGGAAGUGAAGAACGUUCAGACUUCRUUUGCCCUGCCAGAAAAACAACGAUCUAGAGACUUCUGUGACCCUUCUAAGAUACAAAGCGAGGGAUCCAAGUGUGUACAGUUUGAAGCCAUGAGCCUUGGAUUCAGUGAAGUUCACCGUCCCUCCACAGUUUCCUCUGUGACCGAGCCCAUGUGCGUACUCACCACAGAGUGGGCGUGGUUCUGGGAGGACGAGUACGGCAAAUGGGUCCAGUACGCAUCCAUCAAAGAGAUGCACAGAUUGUCAUCCAUCACCAGUGAAGACCUUGAGAAAAGGUUCCAGGAGGAUCAAAGUGCUGUGGUGAAGUUCACUGCAGGCCAGCAGUCUUAUGAGCUGAGUUUCAGAGACAUGAUGCAAAAAAACAAAAGAUACGGUACUGUAAGGAUGGUCAGGCGUCAUCCUGUGUUUGUUUCAACUGCAGACAGCAGGACAAAUAGAACAUGCAACUCCUCUCAGAAUUUCAGAGAUGUUCCUGGAUUUUGGGACAAGUCUGCCAUACCUGACAUUGGAUAUAAGACAGUCACUCUCCUGAGUUCUGACAGGGACUAUCAGAAGGUCCAGAGACUUUUCAACAACACCAUGAGGGGCUUCCAAAUCACCAGCAUCGAGAGGGUCCAAAACAGGGACCUCUGGGAAGUCUUCCAGUGGAAAAGAGAUUUAAUGAAGAAAAACAAUGGGGGUAAAAACAGCAAGGAGCUACAUCUCUUCCACGGAACGGACCCAAAACACGUAGACGCCAUUUGCAGAGAUAACUUCGACUGGAGGCUGUGUGGAACCAAUGGAACUGUGUAUGGCGAAGGGAGUUACUUUGCCAGGGAUGCCAAGUACUCACACUGCUUCAUCAGCCACUCAGGAGUGAGGUCCAUGUUUGUUUGUCGGGUGCUUGUUGGUGACUACACACUAGGGAACUCGGACCUCCGUCGCCCCCCUCCAAAAGGCGAGGGAAAUCCCACUUUCUAUGACAGCUGUGUGGACAAUGUCCUGAACCCAUCCAUAUAUGUGGUGUUUGAAAAGCACCAGGUGUACCCUGAGUUCCUCAUCAGGUAUGAUGAUGGCGUCAUGCACUUGUCCUCUUCGGCUCCAGCUCCUCCCAAAACUGUCUCUAUCCAAUCCACUUACAUAGUCCAAUACCCAACAUCCAACCGGAUUCAAGCAGCAGCUGCUGCUACGCUGUCAAACUCUCGAGUUCCAUCCACUUCCACUUUGAAUCCAUCUCAAGCAGCCACCACUUUCUCUAAUCCAACCAAUUCUCUUCCCCCUUCACGUCUCCCAAAACCUGCCCAAACCUCAUUGGGAUUCAGUCAAUCUGCAGUCAUCAUGAAGCCAGCCCCAAGUUCUCAAUUGGUGGAUACCACCCUAGGCCAAGCUAAUUGGUCUUACAUUCCCUCAUUCAGCAAACUCCCUCAUAAACUUAUUACCCAAGCCAGCACCCCCUCUCGUACACCCAAUACCCCACCCAGCACCCCCUCUUAUACACUACUACCCCAGCCAGUACCCCCUCUUAUACACGCAUUACCCCAGCUAGUACCCUGUCUUAUACACGCGUUACCCCAGCCAGUACCCCCUCUCGUAACGCAUUACCCCAGCCAGUACCCCUCUCAUACACGCAUUACCCCAGCCAGUACACCACUACCCCAGCCAGUACCCCCUCUCGUACACCCACUACCCCAGCUAGCCCCUGUCUUAUCACGCGUUACCCCAGCCAGUACCCCUCUCGUACACCCACUACCCCAGCCAGUACCCCCCUCGCACACUCACUCCCCCAGCCAGUACCCCCUCUCGUACACCCACUACCCCUCUCGUACACCCACUACCCCCUCUCGCUCACACCAGCUCAACGACCACUACUCACAGUCUCCCUGCCAGCAGUACCUCUCACUCACUAUCCCCUUCAUACUCAUUGAGCACACCUUACCACACACCUUCUCACUCAUCAUACACCCCCACUUCCACAGACUCUUCCACGCUUUUGGGGUCUCACCACUCCACAUCRACCACUACUUCUGA